AAACGGGAGAAAGGGCCUGAAAUUCUUCAGAGGCGGUGAUUUCCCGGUUAGUUGCUUUCAGUUUCCUGUGCUACAGUUCAUCCAGCCUGGAUCCUUCGUUCCUAUUACUUCCUGGAAGAUUUUGAGAAAGGUUCUUUAGGGUGAAGUGUUUGUUAAUUGCAAGUUUAACAUCAGUGCUCAUGGGGAAAGUUCGGUGACGAAUUCAUAUUUGUUCCGUUUUUUUUCGAUUGAAACUCGGCCAACUCGGCCUCUGUCCAAUCAUAUCGAAACUAAAAGUUUAAAAACAAGGAAGAAAAGAAAAGUGGGAGAGCCAACGUUUUCCGUGCUCAUUUUCAACGAGAAGAUGCACAGAGGUACAGCGGAGGAGCUACCGAUAACCUUUGCUCACUGUUUGUCAAUGGCACAAGCUAACAGCCGCUGCUAACUAUCCCAGACUGGACAGUGGAUCGAGAGCCAACAGCCGGACUCGCUACCCGCAGAUCUCUUGGUUCCGGCUUCAGCUGAGAUGUUCGGUGUCGAGAUCCCUGAAUCAUUUGCAGCGAUUGUCAGCGUGUCGGAUUUUGAAAGGUGACUUUUCCUGUGUCAGUUUGGAGUUGGGCUGGUUGGAUCUCCAUAUUUUGCUUGGAACAGAGCAGGUGAACUGAAUUCUGGUAAUGGACCAUGCAGAAAGACUCCUUUAUUUCUCCUUAUACAUAUGCCUUUCCUUCUCACAAAGCUUUGUGACAUUAGAUUGUAAGCAUUCAGUGAUGGGAACAUUUGCUGAUGACACUAAACUACCAUGCACAUUCAAAUCAACAAAAGUGAAAACAUUUAGUUCCAUUGAACUGAGUAAAUUUGAAAAAGAUGGAAAUCAAAUAUACGUGUUUAAGUCACAGGCUGGUGUCAAAGGACCUCAAAAUCGAAUUAAAUUACUUCAUCCAGAUUCACAAGAUGUAUCACUGGUAAUCCAGAAAACACAACUGAUAGAUCAGGGGACUUAUCGAUAUUUCUUGGAAACAAGUUCUGGUUACGACUACCAAGACAUCACACUGAAGGUUAUAGCUCCAUAUAGUUUGCCAAAAGUGAUUUUAUCCCCAAAUGUCACAAGAAGAAUGAGAACAACAAACCUCAUUUGUGAAACGACUGGAUAUCCACUGGCUCAGAUUCACUGGUUUGUCUAUGAAAGAAAGAACCUUACCUCUGAAGCUAAAACUUUCAGUGUGGAGACCCCACAGGGGCUGUUCAAAAUCACCAGCACGCUUCCAAUCAGAGUUGCAGAAAGUGCCUUGGAAGGCAAUUAUACUUGCGCUGUGUGGAAUAUGGAAGAGCAAGUAUAUAAGGUUAAGAAACAUUUUCCAAUUCCAUUCUUGGAUGAACCUAAUACUCAUCGCCAAAGUGAAAGGAGAAAGAAUAAGGUGCUCAUAGCUGUGUUUGUCAUUGUUGGGGCACUUGGACUUGGAAUAAUCAUCUUGACGAUUUUUCGAUUCAGGAGAAAUUUCUAUUUGGCAAUUAGAAGAGAAUCUUGGAUGCCAAUGAUGCCAAGAGGCCAGAAGGCUGACGCUUAAUAGUGAUUGCCAUAAAUAAUUCUUAUUUCUACUUGUGACAAAUGUAUUGGACUACUUUAGGACCAUUUUUGUGAUAUGAUGCUUCAAAACUACAGCCCAGCCAUGUCCUUUUGUAUCAUAUGAACAUUGGACAGUGAAUUUACAUCCUACAAAUUAUGUCAAGCACUGUCACUUUACUUUCCAGUGACUACGUGGAAUCUCCAGCUAUUUUUAGUGACUGUUUAAGAUUCUGCCUCUGUUGUUGUGCUGAACUCUUCAGUGUUUGUUUUGUCUAUAAAGAACCAAUGCUACAUAUUGGCUGUAUACAACACCAUUUAUCAAUCACUGGAUCCAUAAAACAGAAGAACACCACAAAAGGAGAGACUAGGACCCGAGGGCAGAGCCUCAGAGUAAAGGGAGGACCUUUUAGAACAGAGAUGAGGAGAAACUUCUUUAGCCAGAAAGUGGUGAAUCUAUGAAAUUCAUUGCCACAGAAGGCUGUG